AUGACAGACAUCUUGGAAGCAUACCAGCAAGGUUUGUCUGAAUUAACAUUUAAUUCACGACCAAUAAUUGAUAACUUAACUGUGAUAGCAAAAGAGAAUCCUAAUGUUGCCGAUGGAAUCAUCGAUUUAAUAACCCAACGAAUUUAUAAAACUAUUCCAGAUCAAAAAUUAUUCGCAUUGUAUUUACUAGAUUCUAUAUGCAAAACUAUUGGCAGUCCUUAUAAUAUAUUAGCUGGAAAUGGGAUUUUUAAUUUGUAUUCUCAUGUAUUUCAAUUAGUCAACGAGACAAUUCGUAAUAAGUUGGUGAAUUUGUUCGAAACAUGGAAGAUAUCCAAAACAAGAGGUACGAAUGAUCCUUUGUUCCCCAAGACACAAUUAGAUAAAAUAGAAUCAUUUUUGAAAAAAGCAGGAUACCCAAAGCCCAAAACAAACUCAGGUGCAAUGUCUCAACAAUCCCUAGUGAAUGACAUUAACCAAUUGAUUCCUAUUUUUGAAAAUAAAGUACGGACUAAUCCAAACUCAAAGUUACAAGAUAGACUCAAGGCAUUAAAUCAAUUAAGGUUAAUUCUUUCUAGUCAGGUAAUGAAAGCUAAUGAAUUACAGGCUAUCCAAAACCAAUUACAAAACAUAAAGGAGCAAGAAAUAUCAUCGUCAUCAUCCUCUGCAUCGAAAGGUGGCACCCCUAUUCCUACUCCAGGACCAACACCUGCCACUACACCGGGACUCUCAUCAAUUCCAUCUGUGCCUAAAGUGAACCCAGCAUUUAUGAUAUUCAAUGAUUUAGUCCUUUCGGGAUUGGUCAAAAAGGAUCAAGAGCCGAUUCCUGGCUCUAAACCAGUUUACUCGUUGGUGUUUCCACAGAAUAAAUAUGUGCCAUCAGCAGGUGGUCUCGGCUCUAAUAGUACUUUAGAAGAUUUAUUGUUAUCUAGUAGUUCAAUACAAAGAUCUGAUUAUGAUAAAUUGAAGUUUACGGAAAUGGUUAAGGUUAGUAAAUCGUCUUUCAACAACUUGCAAGAUUUUAUUAAAAAUAAUAAACCAACAACAAAAUUGCGUGAUUUGCUUUACGAAUCCAAACCAUCCAAGUGUUCAAUUUGUGGUAAAAGAUUUGCAUCUGAUAAGGAAGGAGCAGAUAAAAAGAGAUUACAUUUAGAUUGGCAUUUUAGAAUCAAUAAGAAGCUCUCCAAUAAAGGUAGCAACGUUCAAUCUCGAAAUUGGUAUCUAGAUGAUUACGAAUGGGUUCAUUUUAAUGAAAAUGAUCUAUUAGAAUACUCAACUGAUGUAAAAAUACCAGAUAUUAUCCAGGACACGGAUGACACUGUUUCAACUGAGAGUCAAUACGUGAUUGUCCCUUCAACAGAAACAAAUAUGAAUAAUAAAUGUUUAAUCUGUCGCGAACAAAUUAAGGCUACCUACAAUGAUGAAAUCGGAGAAUGGUGUUGGUAUAACUGUAUUCGACAACCUGGAGAGCCUAGAAACAGUAGGAAAAUUGUUCAUGUCUCUUGUUUUAAUGAAUCCAGGAAGAAGAGAGCACGAGAUCAUGAUUUGCUCCCUCACAACAAACGAGAGAAGUUUUAA